CAUCUUUCGUGCACUCUCACAUAUGACUGCAAUAUCCUAUGGUUCCUCUGAGACACCAACAAAUGAGGUGGAGCUGUGGAUUGUCAUGACUAGCAUUGUGUCAGGGGCACUUAUGUAUACAGUCCUGGUUGCCAACACUGUUGCCCUAUUGACUGAUGCAGACAUCCCAGCAAGAAUAUAUAAGAGCAAGAUGAAUCAUCUGGAAGACUAUAUGGUCUUCAUGAAGCUUCCUAAAGCCUUGCGUCUUCGCAUAAGCAAUUACUUUCAGGCUCGCUAUCAGGGGAAGUGGUAUGAAGAGAAGGAUGUUCUAAAUUGGGUGUCUUCAUCACUUAGAGAGGUACCAUUUCAUGAAUAGUGAGCGUUUAAAAUCAUAUUUAUUUCACAUUGAAUGAGUUCUUUCAACUUGUGUUAAUUUUUAAAGGAAAU